AUGUCGUGGGAGGAUGGAGUGAAUAUCGGACAGCUACGAAUGAUUUAUACGAAGUGGCUAGUCAGUGGCAGAAGCGCCAAUGCUACUCACACGCUUUCUGAGAAGCAAGUUGUCCACUCUUUCCAUCUCGUUGCCCUCGAUGAUGAUUAUAAUGGAGUUGGUCUUGCUAUUGACUCUGACGAUGGUGAUGAUGGUGGCGGUAUUGGUGGUGUUUCUGCAUCCAUAAUUCUAAAAUGA